AUGCCCAAGUCUAAGCCUGCAGCGUCCGGGUCUCACGAUCUUCGAGCGUGCACCGAAUGCCGGAAACGCAAAAGCAAAUGCUCUGGAAUAUCACCUUGCUCUUACUGUACUCGAGCAAAUAAGCGCUGUAUUUUCGGGCCACCCCCAUCCCGGACUCCACUAACGAGAAAGAACCUGGACGCUAUUGAACUUCGAUGUGCAGGGUUAGUAUCUUUGAUACAGCGGCUGGACCCUGAUGUUGACAUAGAGUCUCUGCUGGAAACAAUACUACGGAACCCUGAUCAGGAUUUUCAAGUAUCUGCUGAAAGUUCUCGAAGUCUGAAUCCUGGCCUGGAAAACAGUACUUUAUCCGAUCAAACUGAGUGGAAUGAGAGCUCAUUAAUUUCUCCAUCACAGACGCAAGAUGUUCCGCUGGAUGGAAUGGCAACGUUGCCAAGUAGAAGGGCUGAAUCUGGCUACCUUGGAAAUAGCUCGGGCUCUAACAUCUUGAGGACUAUCUCAGAUCUUCUGCCCGUGAAGAGCCUCAGGUCGCGAGCGAGCCAACAGGGGCAGUCCUCACCUGCAGACACCAAUCAUACUGGUAGCCCGACAAUGCCUAUAAAUCUCGCGGAUACUACCACAAUGAAUGGUCUGAUUGACGCAUAUUUUAUGUGGUACAAUCCAUCUUACCCUAUUAUACACGAGAAAACCUUUAGAGAGGAAUACCAAAAUCGGCACCAUAUUCAUCCUCGGUCAAGCUGGCAUUCGAUAUUCUUUCUUGUGUUGGCGAUUGGUCACUGGACAUUGACUGAGGAUUCUGAGGCCGAGCAGUCAAGAUAUUAUACUGCUGCACGUUCACGCAUGUCAAUGCGGAUGCUGGAGUCCGGAAAUCUCCUUACUGUUCAAGCAUUCUUAUUAAUGGGCAACUACCUACAAAAGAGGGAUAGGCCAAACACAGGAUAUAACUUCAUCGGUAUCGCAUAUCGAAUGGCACUCGGUCUGGGACUUCACCGAGAACCGCCUGGGGGAAUGACAAGCUCCGAGCCCUUUUCCAAUCAACGCCGACGAGUUAUAUGGUGGAUUGCUUAUUCCUUUGAUAGUGGCUUCAGCUUCACUACGGGAAGGCCUAUCAUGGUAUCUGAUUCUUUCAUUGAGACUAAGCUUCCACGAAACGUAGACGACUCGACGUGCACGUUGGAGGCGGCUAUUCCUGAUGCAACUGAAUACCCUACUUCCUACUCUGCGAUUAUUGCCCAAUCUCGCAUGGCAUCAAUUGGGAAUGUUGUUUUCAGUGAGAUAAUUUCCUCCUCGAACCAAAGCCUCUUGGACCUGAGGAUUUCGCGCUCUAUCGACAACCAACUUAAAGCCUGGAAACUCUCACUCCCCUCUUACUUCGCGGUACAAAGUGUUCCAGAAUGGUUCCGUGGCCCACGAGCGAUUGUCCUAUGGAAAGAAGAAAACAUUCGAUUGCUGCUAUGGUGGGGUACUAAGCGAAUGUGCACAUCACCGUCUGAUCACGAAGAGGCACAGAACAUGUGCAACUUCACGGCAGUUGAGACGAUUCAAGAUAUCUCAAACUUUUGUCGUGACAACUCGGAGAUACUGCACACUGGCAUUAGCUGGUAUGCUACAUACUACCUCUUCCAAGCGGCUGUUGUUCUGAGCAUCCACCACCUUCGUCCUAUCGGAUCUAUUAAUAGAGGCUUAGGGGAGGUAAGUCAAGAGCUUUGGUUCUCUUCCAUUACAAGAUCUCGUGACUGUUUGGCUUCCUUGAGCCGAACCAAUACGGCUGCAACGCGGUGUCUCGAGGUUCUUGAAAGAAUAAGCGACCAACCUCAGCAUGCCCAACACCACUCAUCUUUGGCCUCAGAAUCGCAGGCGAAUCGUCAACCAGAAAUUGUACAGCACGAAACUGUCCCCGGCGAUGUAGAGGUUCCUUCCACGAUGCUAGCUGUUGACCCUACACUUCAAAUGCUUUUCGAGGAUACUUUGUGGGAUAAAGACCUUUUUCAAGGCCUCGAUGGUUUUCCCAGCACAGGCGAGGGGGAAGCAUUUGAUUAUGUUCCAUCCAAUGCUGACCAGGGGUGUCUCAGAUCUUCAGACCCAGGCGGCCAGGAUUUAAAUUACACACAGUGA